ACCCCAUCACAGCCCUGCCUUCUUUCUCAUUGGACUACACAGAAGAGCCAAGCUGUCAGCCCAUGUGGCGUGGCCACAGCGCUUGUCAGACAUUUAAAUGAAACAGGGUUAGAAAAUCAAAGAAGCGAGAGUAAUUGAGAGGGUUUGACCGGGGAGUUGGAGAGAGCACGAUUUAUUCAGGCGAUAUUCAGCCGAGGUGCCUAGACACGCUGAGAUAAAGGGAUAACAGAUAAAGGAAUAUAGGCCAACCAUCACCCGGCUCAACUUCAUACGCGGGAUAAAGCGGUUUUAACGGAUACCUUAUAUUACUGCUAACCAGAUAAGCCUUUGCGCCCCCCCCCGCCCCCUCAGUAUGGAGGAUAUUGUAAUAGCUGGAAUUUCGGGUCGACUGCCGGAGUCUAACAACUUGGAAGAAUUCUGGGAAAACCUCUUCAAUGGAGUGGACAUGGUUACAGAGGAUGACAGGCGGUGGAAGCCAGGUCUCUAUGGCCUUCCCCGCAGAAACGGCAAACUCAAAGAGAUCGACAGAUUUGACGCCGCCUUUUUCGGCGUGCACCCCAAACAGGCCCACACCAUGGACCCUCAGCUCAGGCUGAUGCUGGAGAUCUCUUACGAGGCCAUCGUUGACGGAGGUAUAAACCCAGUGUCCAUGCGUGGCACUAAGACUGGCGUCUACAUUGGCGUGAGCGGCUCAGAGGCUGGCGAGGCCUUCAGCAGAGACCCGGAGGAACUGCUGGGAUACAGUAUGACGGGAUGCCAACGUGCCAUGUUUGCCAACAGACUCUCCUACUUCUUCGACUUCAACGGUCCCAGUACGGCCAUUGAUACUGCGUGUUCAUCCAGUCUCUUGGCUCUGGAAAACGCUUUCAACGCCAUUCGUCAUGGCCAGUGUGAUGCAGCCCUGGUGGGCGGAGUUAACCUGCUCCUUAAACCCAACACGUCUGUCCAGUUCAUGAAACUGGGCAUGCUCAGUCCAGAUGGCACCUGCAAGUCUUUCGACGCGUCAGGAAACGGCUACUGUCGUUCUGAAGCCGCUGUGGCGGUGCUGUUGACCAAGAGGUCCAUCGCCAAGAGGGUUUACGCCACAGUCCUCAACGCCGGGAACAACACGGACGGCUACAAGGAGCAAGGUGUGACAUUCCCAUCAGGUGAGAUGCAGCAGCGUCUGGUUCGUUCUCUCUAUCAGGAGGCCAACAUCUCGCCAGAGGAAGUGGAAUAUGUAGAGGCUCAUGGUACCGGCACCAAGGUUGGAGACCCACAGGAAGUGAACGGCAUUGUCAGUGUCUUCUGCCAAUCAAAGCGAGAGCCUUUGCUGAUUGGCUCGACCAAAUCCAACAUGGGCCAUCCUGAGCCCGCCUCUGGCCUGGCAGCUCUUGCCAAGGUCGUCCUAUCUCUGGAACACGGCGUAUGGGCUCCCAACAUCCACUUCAACGAUCCGAACCCAGACAUUCCCGCCUUGACCGACGGGCGCGUCCGAGUCGUGUCCGAGCCCAUCCCCGUCCGCGGGGGCAUCGUCGGCAUCAACUCCUUCGGUUUUGGUGGCUCCAACGUUCACGUGAUCCUCCGACCCCCGGGGCCCAGGCCCUCCGCCUCCUCUGCUCCUCUCCCCGUACCCAGACUCCUGCAGGCGUGCGGACGCACGGAGGAGGCUGUCGGUUUUCUCCUCCAGAAGAGCAAGGAGCACGUUCAGGACCCCAGCUUCCUGGCCCUGCUGAACGAGGUGUCAAACGUGCCCACUGCCAGUAUGCCCUACAGGGGCUACGCUCUGCUGGGUGCCCAGGCUGAUGCCACAGAGGUCCAGCAAGCCCAGCCUACACCCAGGCCCCUCUGGUACAUCUGCUCAGGCAUGGGCACGCAGUGGGCGGGGAUGGGUCGCACUCUGAUGCAGCUGCAGGAAUUCCGUGAGUCCAUCCAGCGUUCAGACGUGGCUCUGAAGGACACAGGUCUGUGUGUAUCGCGCCUGCUGAUGGAGGCAGAUGAAACCACCUUCGAGGACACUGUCCAUGCUUUUGUGGGCCUGGCAGCCAUCCAGAUCGCUCAGAUCGACAUGCUUCAGAAGAUGGGUUUGAGACCGGACGGUAUCGUGGGUCACUCUGUGGGCGAGCUGGCAUGUGGCUAUGCUGAUGGCUCUCUCAGUCACGCUGAGGCUAUCCUGGCUGCCUACUGGAGAGGGCGCUGUAUCAAAGAGGCCAACCUGCCCGCGGGGGGCAUGGCCGCCGUGGGUCUGACAUGGGAAGAGUGUAAGGCCCAGUGUCCACAGGGUGUGGUCCCUGCCUGUCACAAUGCUGAGGACACAGUGACAAUCUCUGGUCCUCAGGAGGCGGUGAGUAAGUUUGUGGCAGAGCUGAAACAGACUGGCGUGUUUGCCAAAGAAGUACGCAGUGCGGGCGUGGCCUUCCACUCUUAUUACAUGGCCUCCAUCGCCCCUGCUCUGCUCGCCGCGCUACAGAAGGUCAUUAAGAAUCCCCGCCCGCGUUCGGCCCGUUGGAUCAGCACCUCCAUCCCUCAGGCCGACUGGGAAAGUCCGAUCGCUCUCUACUCCUCAGCAGAAUACCACGUCAACAACCUGGUCAGCCCGGUACUGUUCCAGGAGGGACUGAGCCUGGUACCAGACAACGCAGUGGUGGUGGAGAUAGCGCCCCAUGCUCUGCUGCAGGCCAUUCUGAAGCGUAGCCUGAAGCCCACUUGUUCAAUACUCCCCCUGAUGAAGAGAGGACACGCCAACAACCUGGAGUUUUUCCUCUCUCACGUGGGCAAAAUCUACAUGAACGGGAUCAGCGUGGACAGUAACAGGCUGUACCCUGCUGUACACUACCCUAUACCCAAGGGUAGCCCUCUCAUCUCCCCUCUCAUCCACUGGGAUCAUUCCCAGGUCUGGGACGUUCCCAAAGUGGAGGACUUCCCGGCCGGAUCCGGUGGCUCGACUUCCGCCACAGUGUAUAACAUUGACAUGAAUCCUGAGUCUCCAGACUAUUACAUGAUUGGCCACUGCAUUGACGGGCGGGUGCUGUAUCCAGCCACGGGCUACCUGGUGUUGGCCUGGAGGACACUGAUGAGGAGUUUAGGGACAGUCAUGGAACACACCCCCGUCACGUUCGAGGAUGUCACCAUCCACAGAGCUACUAUUCUACCUAAGAGCGGCUCGGUCCAGCUGGAGGUUCGUCUCAUGCCAGCCACCAGCCGAUUCGAGGUGUCGGAAAACGGCAACCUGGCUGUCAGUGGUAAGAUCCAACAGAAUCUCCCGCAGCCGAGGAUACUUCCUAUGACCUAUGACCUGUUCUCCCAGCGAGCAGCUGAGUGUGUUGUCAGGGGUAAAGUGACUCUCUUGGAGGAGGCAGCGCUGGACUCGUUCCGCUCUCAGCUGGCUCAGGACAUGAGCGCCGGAGAGGAAGACUCUAAACUGCGUCUGAAAGCCGGAGACAUCUACAAAGAACUGCGUCUCCGUGGUUACGACUAUGGAAAAACGUUCCAGGGAAUCCUGGAGUCCAACAGCACUGGGGAGAGUGGGAAGCUGCUGUGGACUGGAAACUGGGUGACGUUUUUGGACACCAUGCUGCAGAUGAUUGUGGUCGGUCUGCCUGGGCGGAGUCUCCGCCUGCCCACACGCAUACGCUCCGUCUGCGUGGACCCGACCCUGCAUGCGGAGAGGGUCCAGGACUAUGCCCAAGACCAGAAGGCCGUCAACGUCCACGUGAACCGUUGCCUUGACAACAUUACGGCGGGCGGGGUUCAGAUCUGUGGCCUUCACGCCACUGUGGCGCCACGUCGCCAACAGCAACAGACUCCGCCCACUCUGGAAGAGUUUGUCUUUGUGCCAUACGAGGAGACGGACAGCCUGUCGACCAAUGAGAAACUAGCAGAACAGCUGAGACACUGCAAAGGUCUGAUUAACCGUCUGCAGAGGAAGCUGGCCAGUCAGGGGGUGAAGAUUUCGGUGCCCGGUUUGGAGGGGGCGGGGGAGGGCCAGUUGAUCAGUGCGGAGGGGGAGAAGGGUUUGCUCAGGCUCCUGUCUCUCCUGUGUGACCUGGAGCUGAACGGUAAUCUCCGCUCGGAGCUGGAGCAGACGGUGCAGAAAGAGAGAGACUGCCUCCUCCAGGAGCCGCUGAUCAGCGGCCUGCUGGACUCCCACGCCCUGAGGCACUGCCUGGACACGGCGCUGGAGAACAGCACCCCGGGAAGGCUCAAAGUUGUGGAGGCUCUGGCUAGCGAUGGCAGAGUGUUCUCCCGAGCCGUCAACCUCCUCAAUAUCCAACCCAUGCUUCAUUUGGACUACACCACCUCUGACCUCACCACAGACCUACUGGAAGCCCACAAGAGCUCACUGGAAGAACUGGGGCUGUCGGCCGCCCAGUGGGACCCGAGGCAGUCCGCAGCGGGAGGCGGCCUGACCGGGGCAGACCUGGUGGUGUGUAACUGCGCGCCGGGAAACGCGGCGAACCCCGCUGAGCUGCUGAAUAACCUGGCGUCUGCCGCCAGAGAGGGAGGUUUUGUCCUGAUCCACACCCUGCUCAGGGGACACACCCUGGGAGAGACGGUGGCCUUCCUCACCUCCCAGAACAACCAGCAGAACCUUCUCACACAGGCGGAGUGGGAGAAGCUGUUUAAACAGUCCUCUCUAAACAUGGUCCUGCUGAGAAAGUCCUUCUACGGUUCAGCCCUGUUCCUGUGCCGCAGACAAAGCCCAAUCAAACAGCCUGCCUUCAUCACCGUUGACAACACAGACUACGGAUGGGUGGAGACACUCAAGAGCACGUUGGCUGAGUCGUCUGACACACCUGUUUGGCUCACAGCCACUCACAGCCAUAACGGAGUGGUGGGAAUGGUUAACUGUCUGAGACAGGAACCAGGAGGCAACCGCAUACGGUGUGCGUUUGUGUCCAACCUCCGUAAGUCCUCUCCCUCGCCCUCCCUCCUGCCUGCGGAGAAGGCCAUGCAGGAGGUGCUGCAGAAGGAUCUGUGCAUGAACGUUUACCGUGACGGACAGUGGGGCGUGUUCAGACACCAGCUCCUCCCACAAGAGCUGAGCGAGGAGCUCACUGAGCAGGCCUAUGUGAACGUUCUGACCCGUGGAGAUCUCUCCUCUCUGCGCUGGAUCGCGUCUCCGCUACGUCACUUCACGCCAUCCAACCCCAACGUGCAGCUGUGCCGUGUUUACUACGCCUCCCUCAAUUUCAGAGACAUCAUGCUCGCCACCGGCAAACUGCCCCCCGACGCCAUCCCAGGAGACAUAGCACUGCAGCAGUGCAUGUUGGGAAUGGAGUUUUCGGGUCGCGACCCCAACGGACGGCGAGUGAUGGGCCUGCUGCCGGCUAAAGGUCUGGCCACCUGUGUGGACGCCGACAAGCGUUUCCUGUGGGACGUGCCCUCCAGCUGGACUCUGGAGCAGGCGGCGUCCGUGCCCGUGGUGUAUGCCACGGCAUAUUACUCGCUGGUGGUCCGCGGGCGUCUGCGGGCAGGAGAGAGCGUGCUCAUUCACUCUGGGUCAGGAGGGGUCGGCCAGGCCGCCAUCGCCAUCGCCCUGAGCAUGGGCUGCAGAGUCUUCACCACCGUGGGUUCCAGGGAAAAGAGGAUGUACCUGCAGGAGCGCUUCCCUCAGCUCACUGAAGACUCGUUUGCCAACUCCAGAGACUCGUCCUUUGAGCCACACAUUCUGCGCCACACACAGGGCAAAGGGGUUGACAUGGUUCUGAACUCUCUGGCUGAGGAGAAGCUGCAGGCUAGCUUGCGUUGCCUGGCCCGUCACGGUCGUUUCCUGGAGAUCGGAAAAUACGACCUGUCCAACAACACCCCUCUCGGCAUGGCUCUCUUCCUGAAGAAUGUGGCGUUCCAUGGAAUUCUGCUGGACGCUCUGUUUGAGGAGGGAAAUCGGGAAUGGGAGGAGGUGUCUGACCUGCUGAAGGACGGCAUCGCCAAAGGGGUGGUGGAGCCCCUGCGCACCACCGUGUUUGAGAGGAACCAGGUGGAGGGCGCUUUCCGUUACAUGGCCCAGGGAAAACACAUCGGCAAAGUCCUGCUGCAGGUGCGUUCUGAGGAAAAGGGAAGCGGUGUGUCUUCCGUCUCUCCUCUUUCUCUUCCUGCUAUCUGCCGGACCUUCUGCCCCGCCUCCCAUUCUUACAUCAUCACCGGUGGGCUGGGCGGUUUCGGUUUGGAACUCGCUCAUUGGCUGACUGAGAGAGGGGCUCGCAAACUGGUUUUGACAUCUCGCUCUGGAAUUCGUAACGGUUACCAAGCCAAGCGAGUGCGUGAGUGGCAGAGCAUGGGUGUACAGGUCCUCGUGUCCACCAGUGACAUCAGCAGCCUGGAGGGGGCGGAGCGACUGAUCACUGAAGCCUGCAGACUGGGCCCAGUGGGCGGGAUCUUCCACCUCGCUAUGGUUCUGAAAGAUGGCAUGUUGGAGAAUCUGACCCAACAACAAUUUAUCGAAGUCAACAAACCCAAAUACGACGGGACAGUGCACCUGGACAUAGUGACACGGAAGAUGUGUCCGGAGCUCAGUUACUUUGUGGCCUUCUCCUCGGUCAGCUGUGGCCGCGGAAACGCCGGACAGAGCAACUACGGUUUCGCCAACUCCACCAUGGAGCGCGUAUGCGAGCAGCGUCGCCACGACAACCUGCCCGGCCUGGCGGUGCAGUGGGGCGCCAUCGGGGACGUGGGCGUGGUCCUGGAGACGAUGGGCGGUAACGACGCGGUGAUUGGCGGCACUUUGCCCCAGCGCAUGGCAUCGUGCCUGGACGUUUUGGACCGCUUCCUGUGCCAGCAGAGGCCGGUCAUGUCCAGUUUCGUGCUGGCGGAGAGGGUGGCGGUUGCCAAGGGAGACGGAGCCGGGCAGAGAGACUUGGUGGAGGCCGUCGCUCAUAUUCUUGGUGUGCGUGACGUAAACAGCCUAAAUGCUGACGCCUCAUUGGCUGAUCUGGGCCUUGACUCACUGAUGGGCGUGGAAGUGCGGCAGACCUUGGAGAGGGAUUACGACAUUGUCAUGGCGAUGAGGGAAAUCCGACAGCUGACCAUCAACAAACUCCGGGAGCUGUCCAGCCAAUCAGGAGGCUCUAUGGAAACCAGUUCAUCUCCUGUGAAGAAGUCCGGUGUUCAGGCUGUGCUGGAGACAGACCUGAGUCAGAUGCUGGUGAAUCCGGACGGGCCCACGGUGACGCGUCUGAACGAGGUUCAGAGUGCGGAGAGACCCCUGUUCCUCGUCCACCCCAUUGAGGGCUCCAUCGCCGCCUUCCGGACCCUCACGGCCAAGCUCAGCGUGCCCUGCUACGGCCUCGAGUGCACCAAAGCUGCUCCUCUGGACAGUAUUCAGAGUUUGGCGGAGUACUAUGUGGGGUGUGUGAGACAGGUCCAGCCGGAGGGCCCGUAUCGGAUCGCUGGGUACUCGUUCGGUGCCUGUGUGGCCUUUGAGAUGUGCUCCCAGCUCCAGGCGGCCAACUGUCCGGUGGAAUACCUUUUCCUGUUCGACGGAUCCCACUCUUACGUAGCGGCCUACACACAGAGCUACAAAGCCAAGCUGACCCCUGGGAAAGAGUCUGAAGCUGAGACUGAGGCCCUGUGUGCCUUCAUUCAGCAGUUCACUGGCAUCGAAUACAACAAGCUGUUGGAGACGCUGUUACCCCUGUCCGACCUGGAGGCUCGUGUGAACAAAGCCGUGGAGCUGAUCACAUCCAGUCACAAAAACGUCAACCGCCAGUCUCUCCACUUCGCCGCCUCCACGUUCUACCUCAAACUCAAAGCCGCCGACCGCUACGUUCCCACCGCCAAAUACCACGGCAACAUCACGCUGCUGAGAGCCAAGGCCAGCAGCGACUACGGCGAUGGCCUAGGGGCCGACUACAAACUCCACGAGGUGUGUGACGGGAAGGUGUCUGUGCACGUGAUCGAGGGAGAUCACCGCACGUUUUUGGAGGGAGAAGGUGUGGAGUCCAUCACCGGCAUCAUUCACAGCUCUCUGGCCGAGCCACGUGUUAGUGCCAGAGAGGGUUGAGUCGCCUGGCCUCAACACACACGCACACACACACACACACACGCGCGCGCGAACACACACACGGCACAUUUAACCAAAACGCCCAAUCUGUCUGCAGCCCAACCUGAUUCAGCAUUACAGUAAUUGAACCAGAGCGUGCACACAUGUCACAACACACGUCCUUCUCUCUCUCUCUCUCUCUCUCUCUCUCUCUCUCUCUCUUUUCUCAGUCAUCCUUAAGGCACAGGGUAUAUUUAUGCCUGAUAGGAACAGAAAUGUCUCUGUAUCUGUAGAUCUUUUACUUGCUUUGCCUGUCACAGUCAAUCUGAGCCUGUUGUCUUCUCUCUGACUUUUUGGACAAACGGAACAUUGAGGUUGAGCUUUGCUGAAUCACAAACACAGAACACAACUGGAAACUGUACUCCUCUAAGCUGAUAGCAUGUGAUCUUAGCCGAGUGCCAACCACUCUUGGUAGUGCCUAGUAAACCCUAGUCUGUCACCCUCACUCACUAACGCUGAUUAACCUGAUACGUCUGCUAAAGGACCAGAAGGGCCGCUUAACUGUCGUUUCCUUUAUCAUGUUAGCAGCCCUAACAAUGCAGAAUUAGAGGCCUAUGAUCAGUCGCCAUUUCGCUCUUGAUAUCAUUGCCACUGGAGGGUCUUGGAGGGUGAGUAGUGUAUAUAAAUAUAUCCAAUAUUUCUGUUUAAAAAUCCCUAACAAAGUUAGCGGUGUGCCGACAUCAGUACCAGUAUUAACGGUUUUGCUCUGUCCCUGUUUUGUUUUUGUUUUUGUUUGUUUUCUUUCUGAGUUGAAAUUGUGUUUGUGUUUAAAUUUGCUAAACUUUUUUGUUUCUUUUGCAAUAAGCUGCUGCAAACAAAAGUUAGAAUGUGUUCCAAAGGGUUUUUUUUGUUUUGUUUUGUUAGGUGUUCCACAGCACUGUCAGAAAUGAGGGAAUAUUUGUGUGAAAGAGCACUUAAAACAUAGGACUGAGGUCCGUGUUUCAAAUGAAAUUAAGAUUUAAAAAAAAAUGGUACUCAAACUUACUUUUGACCAAAAAUAUCUCGUUUACAUUAAGGGGACAGAUGUGUUUAUUACUGACGAGUUUUGGAACUCGAGAUGUUGUACGAGAAACUAAAAGGGAUCUUAUACCUGGUGGGACAGAACCAGUCCUAUUUCGGCAAUGUUGUGGAACAGCGUAUUCCUAAAUGAGAAAGAGGAUCGGCUGAAAAGUGAACGUUGCUUCUCUGCGCUUUCUUCUGUAAUUGCGGUCAGAUUUAAUAUACUGUAAUUUAACAUUUUCACUGCAGUUUCCACCUCAACAGUGUGAGGACGGUUCUUACAUUCCAUAAUUACUGUUACAAAACUAACGUGUUCCUUGAUAAGCCUGUACCUGUAUCGUUGUCGUAAUAAUACUUUACACCCAACAAUGUUUGUUGAAUAAUGAGUGCAAACGCUGUUCUAAGUGGCUAGAUCCACAACGUAAUGGGUUUCACUUCAGCGCAGUGGGAGACUCGCUCCCUGGUAGUUUUUUUUUUUUUUUUUUUCCUUUUUUCGUCAGUAUGAAUGGUUCUGUGUGGUGAGGGACAGUCAUGCUGGUCAUACGAACGAGCACCUUUUUUGGCCCCGACGUGUUUAACCCGCUAGUUGUCGGCGAUUGAACACAACUGAGGGGAGUCGGAGCGGCAACUCUGCCAGGUUUCUGAGACUUGAAUUCAUGUCCAUGACGAAACGAGUGACUUCUCGCGUGCAGCGCUUUUGCGAUAGCGCUAAGACCAACUAACGGAAUUCUCAUCUCUUAGACGUUUUUGUUGUUGACAUCCUCGUUUUUAUUUCCUGAUGGUGUGUAAUUUUUCAAGUAUUUAUUGUACUAGUCCAAAUAAAGAGCUGGCACUAACA